AUGCGAAGAUUCAAUUCCGCUGUUAAUCAUCAACCAAAAACCUUGAAUUCUUCAGCUGGAAACAUCACUCAACAUCAUCGCCUCAGUGAUGAAGACCGAUUUGAUGUGAUCAAGGACAAAAAGGUUGCAUCCCCAGAAAACGAAGCAGAUCCUCUUUCAAAUGGUGGAAGAGUUGCAUUGUCCAAAAAAUAUCGUACAGCUCGUAACCCCAAUUCUGAUACUCCCAAAACUUCAGAGUAUGCUUUCUUCAAGAAGUUGAAAAAGAACAUUGGCCAUAGCAAUUCAGAUCUUCUCCAUAGAGGGAGUAGACUACCCAAGAUCACUCAACCUAGUAAUUGUAUCUCAGACACACGGAGCACAUACAACGUGCUGAAGUGCCCAAAUAAGGAUGUUAACAUCCCAAUUCAAGUUGAAAAGGAACGUCAGACUAAUGAAUGCCAGUCCUUUUCACCUGUUGAUGGUGUCAUAGGCAUAUCCAAGGAGGCAAAACUUAAGUACUUUUCAUCCCCAACUGUAGUGACUCCUGUAUAUUCAAAUUUGCUGCUGUCACCCCUUGCAGGUCCAUCACAUAAUUCAGGGAGCCAGUACUCUGGUAAUGGGAUUUUUGCAGCAAAGAGGCAGAAACUUUGUCAGCGGGCAAAUAAACUGUUUCUUGACGUCCAAAAACUCAAUUCUGAAAGGUUUGAUUUGGUUUCUGCACUUCUUAGGCGGCUGUUUCCUGGAAGGAAGGAGGAUGAAGAUUUCUGGGAUUCACAGGUCAGGAAAGGGGAAAUAGCAAGUACGAGCUCACUUGCAAAUGCUAAGCCAGAUCAUGCAAAGACACGACCUCCUUCAAGGCACAUAGAACAUGUUGUAGCACCAGAAUAUAGGAUGAGCCAGAGUGAUUGCUGUCCCAGUAAUUUCUUUGGUAGGCCAAAGGAGAGAGUUCUCCCAGAGUUGCACUAUGAAGAUGCAGAUAAUAGUGAAAUUUCAAACAACAAAAUAACUACAAAUUUGUGGGAUCAGAGUGAUUCAUUGCCUUCAUUAUCCUUUGACCAUCAUGGGCUUGCUGAUUUCCUACCGUAUAGACUUCAUAGUGCAGAUAUACCUGUAAGUAGAGGAGGACAAGACUUAUUCUUAGAUUGGGAUUUCAAUGAGAAGAAAAAUGAUCCUGUAUUAGCCAUUACUACUAUCAGAGGGAAUAAAUUGUGUUCACCAAUAGCCACCUCAUGGCACGUUGAUUACCAGCAGGAGAGUACAGAAAAGAAGCUUGAUGCGCUGGCAUUGUGUUCAUCGUCUUUAUUUAUGAACUCUGGAUAUUCUGAUGUGCUGCCAUAUUCUUGUUCAACAAGCUUUCAUAAGAAACUCUUUCCAACUGACAUCUUCUUCAAGGAAUUUGGAACGACUCUUGAACAUGAAGAAUAUGCAGUUGCAAGAAUGGACCGGUUUGAUCUACCCUUGCUAUGUAGCUCAGAGGAGCAAGAUCUUCUGGAAGAUCGUAAUCCUGAGAAUCCAUUUGAAAGCAGCAAUGCAAUCAUCCCAUAUCUAAGUCAUCAUGAGAAGCAUCAUUGUGAUUCUGAUGGCCUCAUGCCAAUGGCCUUGGAUACUUUUGGCUGGAAGUUCUUGUCAGCAGCCAGUUCCCCAUUGCACAAGGGUUUAUCAACCUAUAAUACUUUAAGACUGCCUCAUAUAGAAGAUUCAAUUGGUCUAACACAUGAGGAGAUCAAAAACAGCUUAUAUGAUUCAAACCCAAGAGAAAUUGCUCCUCAAUCAGUUGAACGUGCACUCAACUCUGACAUUUGGUUCUCGUGCAACUCUGAAGUGUUUUCUGACAAAGCAAGUGGCAGAUCUCUAUUACUUGAUAAUUCAAGCUGGAUUACAUCUGUUGAAGAAAUUUCCCCUGAUCAUUCUGAUGAAUGGACAUGGAGCUGAAGAUUCUCAUAAAUUUCUGUGGGUCCUAUUAUCAUAUGAUGGAAUGGCAGGAU